AUGUCAUCUCCAGUCAAGGUGCAAGCAUGUGAUGCCUGUCGCCGGCGUAAAGUCAAAUGCAUCUUCCCACAUCCUUGUAAGCAGUGUCGGUCUGCCGGCUUGGUCUGCCGUACCUCACUGCAACGACAGAGAAAAGGUCGACAGGGUCGAACAGCCAAUAUCCUCAAUGAGCUCCGAUCAAAAGAUAUAGAGCAGAGUCUGGAUCAUGACAUUCGCAACCUUUCCCCGCCUCCCAGGGUUCUCGGUCUUGAGGGGCUCGUGGGUACGACACCUCACUCACCACAGGCGGCAGGAAGAUGUCAUUUUCUGAGAACUCCAGGGCUUCUUGGUUAUGAUCUUGUCAACUCCUGCUCGGAUUAUUUCUUCUCCCGCAUGCGAGGAACGGUGCCGAUCUUGCAACCUGACAGUUUUCGGAAGCAGGCAGAUCUCGCUGGCACAUGUGCCCAUGCUUAUUGCUUGGUGGCGGCAUUCUGUGCGUUUGUAGUCACCCAGACUGGAUUUCAUGUUGAGUAUGAGUACCCUGGGUACUCUCAUCAUCUUUCCAUAGAGGAAUUGCGGACCUCUUUGAUUGCUGAGGCUACCGAGGCUCGAAAACACAUUGAUCCGGUCAUGGACCCUGUCCGUCAGAGCAUCAUCAUCGCCUUCCUGCUCUACGGAUGUCAUAUUGGGCUUGGAAAUCAGCGGCAUGCUUAUUACUUUCUUCGCGAGGCCACAACUCUUUACACAGCCAGUGCACUGGAUAGUCAAACACCCUCGGUACCAACGGGUGAAGAUGACCCUUCUUCAGAAGCAAGAUUGUUUUGGUUGUUGGUAAUCUCAGAAAGAGCACAUGCUAUUCGACGACAUAGACCAAUCACCCUCCAGGUGAACUCCGACAGCCCUCAAUUGGAAGAAGAUCUUUGCUCGGACAAAUCUCAUGCCGGAUUUCUUUGUCUGGUCAAUCUGUAUCGUCCGUUUGAUGAGACCUUCCUUAGUCAAUGGAAUGGGACAACUUCAGCAUACUCAAUUGAGUCGUUAAGUCAACUCCAAGAGCGCAUUCAAAGUGCAGUUCCUUCGAAUCUGGAUCUACCCGACAUAAUAAUGGCUGACCUGCGUGUAUCUCAACAAUGGCUGCGUAUCAUGAUAUGGCAGCUCUCAACCACUGCUGGCUUUUUAUCAACAAGCCCUACUCAUGAAUGUAUGGAUUUUCGCUACCCACUACAGAUUGCUGAAGAUCUGUGUCUCGCAACAUGGAAAUUAUCAAAGCAAAGCAUGGAGACCCACGGUAUCGGACUCAUAGAGAAAUUAUUUGAAGUGGCAUGCACGUUGAUUGAUGUCAUGGCAUGUCUCUCGGUGGCUGGACUGCGCUCCUCGGGUUUCAAGCUUGGUCCACAGGAUUACCUCAAACAUUUAUGUACUCUCAUCCAUGAUCUUCCCGGGGGCCGUCGAAGAUAUCUUCCGCUCCUACUUACCAAAGUACAUCAAACCCUCUCUUCGAUGGUGGAACCGAUUACGCUACAUCUCAACCUCCAACGACAAUCACCGUUCGCCAGCUCUAUUCCGGAAGAUCCUUCUCAAUCGGGUCACACCUCAAAGAUUCCUGUCGCCGAGAAUGAGAUAAACUCAUCCUCGGCUGGUUUAACUCCUGAGUCGGUUUCCAGGAAUUGGAUCGAUAACAAUUUCAACUAUGCGGAUAUGAGUCGCAUCGGUGACAAGACACCGGAAAUAGAUGAAGCUUUUCUUCGAUAUUCGGAUCAGGUCUCUUGA